UCCCCGCUCGGGCCGCGGUUCCCUCCGCAGCCUGGAAAACAGCGACCCGGCGCGCGGAGCCCGCGAGCCCCGGCGCCGAGCGGGGCCCCGCGCUCCUCCCGGCGGCCCGGGGCAGCGGCGGCGGCGCGGCGGGCACAGGUCCCAGGAAGGUGGCGUCAGCAUCUGCAGCGGCGCCGACGUUGUCAGAGCCUCUUAGGAGGACCCACGAGAGAGCCCGUCUGGGACCUGGGCCCCGGGCUUCCCCAUGGAGAAGGCAGCCGCGUCCCCUGAGCCCCCAGGGCCGCGGCCAGUCCUGGGCCGCGAGAGUGUCCAGGUGCCCGACGACCAGGACUUCCGCAGCUUCCGGUCCGAGUGCGAGGCCCAGGAGGGCUGGAACCUGACCUACAGCAAGGCCGGCGUGGCCGUGUGGGUCCAAGCUUUGGAGAUGGAGCGGAGUUUGCACAAGAUCAAGUGCCGGAUGGAGUGCCGCGACGUGCCUGCCGAGACCCUCUACGACGUCCUACACGACAUUGAGUACCGAAAGAAAUGGGACAGCAACGUCAUUGAGACUUUCGACAUUGCUCGCUUGACAGUCAACGCGGACGUGGGCUACUACUCUUGGAGGUGUCCAAAGCCCCUGAAGAACCGCGACGUCAUUACCCUGCGCUCCUGGCUGCCCAUGGGCACCGAUUACAUCAUUAUGAACUACUCAGUCAAGCAUCCCAAAUACCCGCCUCGGAAAGACUUGGUCCGAGCCGUGUCCAUCCAGACGGGCUACCUCAUCCAGAGCACGGGGCCCAAGAGCUGCGUCAUCACCUACCUGGCUCAGGUGGACCCCAAAGGCUCCUUACCCAAGUGGGUGGUGAAUAAAUCUUCUCAGUUCCUGGCUCCCAAGGCCAUGAAGAAGAUGUACAAGGCGUGCGUCAAGUACCCCGAGUGGAAGCAGAAGCACCAGCCGCACUACAAGCCCUGGCUACACCCGGAGCAGAGCCCCUUGCCGAGCCUGGCGCUGUCGGAGCUGUCGGUGCAACACGCGGACUCGCUGGAGAACAUCGAUGAGAGCGCGGUGGCGGAGAGCAAGGAGGAGCGCGUGGGGGGUGCAGGUGGCGAGGGCAGUGACGACGACACCUCGCUCACCUGAGCCCUGCACCACGGCAGGGACCGAGACAGACAGGGCAGAGCCCCGGAGCGGUGAACCCGCCCGGCUUUCUCCCCUCCCCCAACCUGCGCCUCCGGGGGGACCCUGGGCUCCUGUCCAGGCUGGCGCCGCGUUGUGGCUGGACACAACCCGGAAUAAACGAUCCCACAGCCUCAGCCGGCUCUUCGCUGUGCCCUUUUGGAAAAGUUCAUUUUGUUAACUUUA